AUGCAGCUGAUCCGCUCCAAUAAGCCGAUACCGCCUAGUAGUAGAUUCACGGCACAGGACUAUUUGGCGGCUGAGCGGUCCCUUACGUGGAGACGAGCCAGAGAUGGGGUAUCUGGUGUGGCGGAGAAGGGCCGGACUAACUCUCAUGAUGAGGUACCUCCUGAGGGCGCAUCCCGCAAACGUAGAAAGUCGUGGGAAGAUCGGAAGCCAGUUCAAGCGAGGAAACGUCAAAGGCGACAGAGGAACAAUAGCAGUCCGGUAAAUUUGCAAUCAGCGGAGAGCAGGGGAGGCACCAAUGGUAGCAGUCGAGCUAAUGCGAGGACGCGUGGGAGGAGGGAACGAAGGAAGAGGCAACAGAGGGCUAAGCAGGAGGAACAGAUGAAUCGACGACGUUUGUUUUAA